AUGAGGGAGGGGGCGAGAAGCCUCUAUUCCCUGGCUGCGCGGGACCCCGACCCCAAGAGGGCACUGCCCUGGGUGGCACCUCCAGCAGAUCCUGAUGCCUGGGUCCCCGACAGCCCGGGCCCCAUCGACAGGCCGGUGAGAUGGACCGAGGCCAGUGGGGGACUCAGGGCAGGAUCCCAGGCACCCCCCCUCAUCUGGGGCUUCCGGAGAAAGGGCUCAACCUUUGGAGGGGACGGGGGACGGCGGGGGCCACCACGGAGGACAGCGGCCGAGGCGUCGGCACCUCCCGCUGGCCCCGGCGCGGGGCCCGGGAACGGGCGUGUGUUUGCGCAGGGAGCCGCCGAUGGGGACAAGGGCGCAUUGUGUCCGCGCGCGCCCGGGACGGCCCCGCGCCCCUCCGCCGUCCCACCCCGCCGCGGGCCGGGUUCCCGGGGUCGCCGGGUCCCGGAUCUCCCGCCUCCGCGGCGUGGCCCCAUCCGCAGCGCCGGGCCGGGGGGCUCCCGGGAGGCCGGGUCGGGCGGCUGCUCGGCGGAGGGGCCCUGGACAAGGGGAGAGCGGAACCCCGAAGCAGGAGUCCACCGGGUCGGGCCCGGGGGUCCUGGGGGCGGGGUGCGCCCCUUCGGGUCUCGGGGAGGCGGCGGGGGGCAGGGCGGCCCUUCUGGGGAGGAGCUCGCGGGCCCGCGGGGUGGGGGCGCGGCCGUGUGGGUCAGGACCUCAGGCCCAGGGGGUCACGGCUGCAGGUUCCCCGCGCCCUCCCCCUCGUCGGGCAGACCACCGCCCCAGGCCCACGGCCUGGACCCCCUCCACGCGCACCCCCCAGCCAACAACUGCCCCGGGGGCCCGUGCCGGGAGGCAAGUGGGACAGAGGCCGCGGUCAGCGUCACUGCCACGCAGCAGGGGGGGCUCACCUGCCCGAGCCUGUUUGCCCAGCUCUGGGAGGGGGUGGCAGAUGAGGCUGUGGGGUCGACCCCUCUCCUCGCGGGUCACACAGACGUGGGGGGCGGUGGACCCGGAGACCAGCAGAGGUCUGUGACAGCACUGCCUGUGCCACCCCCUCCCCGGCCUGCCUCCCCCUCCUCGGCCACCCCCCCGCAGGCCUGCCCCACUCCCGGCCCCCCGCCCGCCCCGUCCCUGGCUCUGGGCCUCGCCUGCAGCCUGCCCUCCUCAACCCCCUUGGCAGCCGCCUGCGGGCUCCUUCCUGCAGCGCCUGACUCAGGGCGCUGUGGGAUCACCCCGGCCCCUCCCGCCAUCCAGCCCUGGAUGGGGCCCAGACCUGAGGUGGUUCCGGCAGCUGCCCCCGAGGCCACCUUAGCCCAGCGCACAGCCCCUCGCUGCCCAGCCAGCCCCGACGGGCCCAGGGGUACAGAGGGGGAUUGGGAAGACGGGGGCAGGGAGCCGCGUGAGAGAGGGCCUGGAGGUGAGAAGGGGCUGGCAGAGGGGGCUGGGGGCUGGGGGGAGGCAGGAGCUGGUCACACUGGGCUCUGGGGCCUGCUCAGCACUCACCAGGCGUGCGCAGGGCCCCCGAACCCGGCCAUCCUCCCGCAGCCCCACCCCAAGGCCCACUUUGCAGCAGCCUUUGGUGCGGGGCCUCAGGGAGCCCCCGGGGAGGUUGGAGCCGGGACGGCCCAGAGAUGGCCUCCAGGUCUGGGAGAGGGGGGCGCGGACGGGCAAGGCAGUGAGAGCACAGGCCCUGGGGCGGAUCGGGGGCGGGGCGGACAGACGCCGGGUCAGUGCCGCGGGGGUGGGUGGGGUCUGCUGGCCACCCCCGUCUCCCCCAUAAAGGGCCCCCACUUCACAGACAGGAGAAGGGGCCCAGACCUUGGGGCUCCCGUGCGGGCAGAUGGGAAAGGGGCGCCCACGCUCUCCGUCGGGAUCCCUGGGAGGCCCGGAGGAGGCGGGACGCGGCUGGACUGCUCCCAGACAAGGUGGUGCUUGGGCGACCCGUCGGGCGACGAGGGAACCGGCCCAGGUGGCCUGGGGUCGGCACCCACAGCCUUGCGAGCCCCAGCAGGACCCCAACGUCCAGGGGAGGCCAGCGGGGGCUGUCGGUGCUCCCAGGGAGCCUGCGGGCCUGGCUGGGGUGGUCCUGCCCCAGGCCCCGCCCCCAGCCACCCACCUGGGGGUCUGCAUGCCCGCCGGCCUCCCUCCCCCACGUUCUCGGGGGCCUUUGGGCCCCGCUGCCCAUAUGGCGUGGACCCCCUUCUACCCGGGGCCGGGCAGGGCCAACAGGGUGACAGCGCUCAGGCCUCGGGCUCCUAUCUGGACAGGGCAGGCUGGCGAGGACCAAGCCCAGCUCCUCUGCCGCUGGCUCUCGGCCUUGCCAGGCACUGCCCACUGGGCUCCUCGAGAGACCCCGGCAUGGUGUGA